GGUAAAGAACACCCUGCCCUGGAUUUUAAGUACGAAACACACAAAGGGUCUUAGAUAUGCUGAAAACUGGGUAGGUAAGGAAUCUAACACAAAAAUCCAGUCCAACUUGAUAUGCUAAUCAGUGAGUAGAAAAACGUAUUUAUCUCACUGUCACUACUAGAAUAGCAUUUUGUUAGAGGCAAGAGGGUCGGAGGGGAUACACAACAUCAAUUCAGUGACUUGUAGCAUUUCGCUUCUUCUUUUGCUCGUUAAGUAGGCUACCGCUUUUUCAUUCGUUCAUAAGGAUUUAUUGUUGGAUAUAAAUUAUGUCUCGAGUUCUCUCGAGAAUUAUACCAGACGAGGCAGUCUUUGCAGACUUCAGAAGACAAGCCUUGUCAACGGACAACUGGUACAGCAAAUAUGACAAGAACGGGAUGGAGGUCUGGGUCGAGGUGGCCCCUGUAACAUCCCCUCAGGGGGGAAAAAACGUACCAAAAGUUCACAAGAUAAAAUGCAGAAUGACCAUAAAAGAUGUGUCGGCCGCCACGAUGUACGACGUCCUUCAUGAUGGACAGUAUCGCAGGAAGUGGGACCCCACCAUGUUGGAGAGCUUUGACAUUGCCCGUCUCUCACCUAACGCCGAUAUCGGUUAUUAUUCAUGGCUGUGUCCGAAGCCACUGAAGAACAGAGAUGUGGUGACGCUGCGUUCGUGGCAGGUGACGGACGACGAGUAUGUGAUCAUUAACUGCUCAGUCAAACACCCAAAAUAUCCUCCCAAAAAGGACCUUGUGAGAGCCAUCUCCCUCCUGACUGGCUACCUAGUGAAGGCCAUAGGACCUAAUAGCUGCUCCUUUACCUACCUCUCACAGGCUGACCCCAAAGGUUCUCUUCCAAAGUGGGUGGUGAACAAAGCAUCUCAGGUUCUGGCUCCCAGGGUGCUGAAGUGUGUUCACAAGGCCGGCCAGAGCUACCCCGAGUGGAAGAAGCAGAACUCUCCGGAUCAGAAGCCCUGGUUGUACCCAGAGCAGAGCAUCCUGCCCAUGAUGGACCCAUCUGAGCUGACCAUCCAGCGGGCGGACUCUCUGGAGAACGUUGACGAGAGCACACAGCUUGACAUUCAGGAGGGCGACAAGACAGACGAUAGCAGCUGAGCACAUCUGUCAGAGGGGAUGAAACCGAGCCAAGAGAGGAUGGAUGGACACGCUCACACAGACCUAAAGGCUGAAGUCUUUGACCUCUCCAUGGCACUUGCACCCAAUCUUUAAAGUCUCCGAUCUACCCCCAAUUAAUUUUGUAUUUAUCCUGUUUUGACCUUAUAAACCACCAUUUGUGUCUUUAUGGGUGAUCAAGAGAAUGAACUGUUUACAUCUGUCUGGCCUUAUGAAGCGGAAACGUCAUACCAAUGAGUGGCAAUUCUGGUUCAUCUACUCCGCUUGAACUGAACUGAUAAUUAUUUGCCAACUGACUGUGCCAACUCCAGACAGUGCACUGGCAGAAGAAGUGUUAGAUACUAGGACUUGGUUGUUGAUUGUGAUAUGCAGCUACUUUUAGAAACAUUAGCAGCAUCAAGUCUAUUAUCAAUUUCAAAUGUUUGGAAUAAUUCAGAACAAAGUUGAAGAAAUGCCAGGAUUGGCUGUUUGAUAUCCUGAGUAUAAAUGAAAGUCAAUAGAGGUGUAUUUGUAUGUUCUGUUUAAAAAAAAAACAUUUUAUGGGAAACGUAUUUAUUGAGCUACAAUGUAUAGAUUUGACUAUUCUCCUGAUCAACGUGCACGUGGUAGCCAAGAGUAUGGUUCACCCUCCACAUGGAUAGACGGAGUGUCUAUCCAUGUGGGUUCUCAUAUCGAUAUUUAUUGAAAUGUUGUGCAAUCUGGGAGGGAGUCAAUGUAGUUAAUUCCAUUACUAGUUAUGUACACUUGGGGGUUAUGUAUGCCUUGGUCUUACUGUAGGCACUGAAUAAAUGAUCCAAUGGUGACUUCAUUCAAUGGAAAUCUUUUCAGUAAUAUCACACUUAGCAUUUUAUCAAAUGUACAAAGUGAGUUAUUAAUUUAUUAAGUGAAUUGUACGAUAGAUCUUUUUUCUGUGUUAUUACCUGAAGGAUUGGAAUUGCCGUCAUAGAUAUUACUCCUUUAAAGUUAAUUUAUUGUCAUAAAGUUACUUUCAAAUAAUGUCAUGACAGAGCAAGCAAGGAUCUUGAAGUCAGCCUUGCAAACUGAGCUGUCAAACUUGACUUUGAAGACAAAUGAUUGGAACCUUUUUAAAUAAUACAUCUCAGAUAAGAUUCACGUGUAUGUGCGUAAUUACUUUGAUUUGCUUUGUCAGUCAAGAUGUCAGUCAACAUAACCUCAAAGUGGAACAAUUAGUUAUUCUACUGUUGUGUCACUGGAGCAAAAUAAGAAGGCCUGGUUUUGGUGUUAUCAGGGCAGCUGCAUGUGUAGCAUGGUCGGAUUAGCCUACAUGUAGAGUCAGCUUCUGUAGCCAUGUAGUAAUGAUUCUUUCAUUGAAGAAAGCAUAUAAAAGCAUAUCAAAUUAGGUUACUGGGAAGCUUGAGAAGCUUGAUUUAUUUAGUAUUCUACAAGAACAUGAUCUGUGAAGUUUGUCAGGACAGAUAAAGAGUAUCCUGACUCCAUCUGUACGGUCAUUAAUGGACACAACAGUGAUUUAGAGUCACUAUCCCAUCUAUUUCAGACAUGUUAAAACAGAUUUGUAACUCAUUCCGUGCUGACAAUUUAUUAGUGAGGGACCAUGAACUGUGGCACAGAACACAAAAUGUGAUUUUGUUUCAUGUAUUGAGCUUCAUACAAGGCAAUUGGUGUCGCUGUCACGUUCUGACCUUAGUUCCUUUGUUAUGUCUUUAUUUUAGUUUGGUCAGGGCGUGAGUUGGGGUGGGCAUUCUAUGUUGUUUUUCUAUGUUUUGUUCUGUUGGUAGAUUUCUAUGUGUUGGGCCUAGUAUGGUUCUCAAUCAGAGGCAGGUGUCAGUCGUUGUCGCUGAUUGGGAGCCAUAUUUAGGUAGCCUGUUUGUCAUUGUGUUUUGUGGGUGAUUAUUUUCUGUUCUGUGUUUUGUUUCACCGUACAGGAGUGUUCGUUUGUCAUUUUAUUGUUUUUGUUCAGUGUUCAUUUUUCAUAUUAAAACAAUAUGGACACUUA